AGAGAAAGCAAUACAAAAAAAAUUCUUAUAAAGGCAAAUAAAAACGAAAAUUUUCUGACACCUUUUAAAGGUGUUAGAAGUUUUCUCAGCUUUUUUCGUUGCGUACGUGAAAUUCAUUGAAAAAAAAACUAUAAAGGGAGGAAGUUGCAUUUAUCGUCAAAAUGGAACAAUUGAUACCAAUUGUUAAUAAGCUGCAGGAUGCCUUCACUCAGUUGGGCGUCCACAUGCAAUUGGAUUUGCCCCAAAUAGCAGUGGUGGGUGGACAAUCGGCCGGAAAAAGUUCUGUACUUGAGAAUUUCGUGGGCAAAGAUUUUUUGCCACGUGGCUCAGGUAUUGUCACCAGACGUCCCUUAAUUUUGCAGUUAAUACAUGGCAUCACCGAAUAUGGAGAAUUUUUGCAUUGUAAGGGUAAGAAAUUUACCAAUUUCGAUGAGAUACGCAAGGAAAUCGAAGACGAAACGGACCGUGUUACGGGUAGUAAUAAGGGAAUUUCCAACAUUCCAAUUAAUUUGCGGGUAUAUUCACCGCAUGUCCUAAAUCUGACGUUGAUUGAUUUACCCGGACUAACGAAAGUGGCGAUUGGCGAUCAACCGGUCGAUAUUGAACAGCAAAUUAAAAAUAUGAUUUUUCAAUUUAUUCGCAAGGAGACAUGUUUGAUAUUGGCCGUUACACCGGCUAAUACAGAUUUGGCUAAUUCGGAUGCUUUAAAGCUGGCCAAGGAAGUAGAUCCGCAGGGUGUCCGCACUAUUGGCGUUAUUACAAAAUUGGAUUUGAUGGAUGAGGGCACUGAUGCGCGAGACAUAUUGGAAAAUAAAUUGCUACCUUUGCGGCGAGGUUAUAUCGGUGUGGUAAAUCGCUCCCAAAAAGAUAUAGAGGGUCGGAAAGAUAUCCAUCAGGCUUUGGCGGCGGAAAGGAAAUUCUUCUUAAGCCAUCCUUCGUAUAGGCAUAUAGCAGAUCGUUUGGGUACACCUUAUUUGCAGAGAGUGUUAAAUCAACAACUUACCAAUCAUAUACGAGAUACAUUGCCCGGCUUGCGGGACAAACUGCAAAAACAAAUGUUGACUUUAGAAAAGGAGGUCGAAGAAUAUAAGCAUUUCCAACCAGGGGAUACUAGCAUUAAAACAAAAGCCAUGUUACAAAUGAUACAACAAUUACAAAGUGAUUUUGAGCGUACUAUUGAGGGUUCCGGUUCAGCAUUGGUUAAUACUAACGAAUUAUCGGGUGGUGCUAAAAUCAAUCGUAUAUUCCAUGAACGUUUACGUUUUGAAAUUGUUAAAAUGGCCUGUGACGAAAAAGAAUUACGUCGAGAAAUCUCAUUUGCCAUACGAAAUAUUCAUGGUAUACGUGUGGGUUUGUUUACCCCCGAUAUGGCGUUUGAGGCCAUUGUUAAACGUCAAAUUGCACAAUUAAAAGAACCGGUCAUUAAAUGUGUCGAUCUGGUGGUACAAGAACUAUCAGCUGUGGUACGCAGCUGUACAGAUAAGAUGGCCCGUUAUCCACGUUUACGUGAGGAAACCGAACGGAUAAUUACAACUCAUAUACGGGAAAGGGAACAAAGGUGCAAAGAACAAAUUCUUUUGUUAAUCGAUUUCGAGCUAGCAUACAUGAAUACCAACCAUGAAGAUUUUAUAGGCUUUGCCAAUGCUCAAAACAAAUCCGAGAAUGCCAACAAAACUGGCGCUCGUCAAUUGGGCAAUCAAGUGAUUCGCAAAGGUCACAUGGUUAUACAAAAUUUAGGCAUUAUGAAAGGCGGUUCUCGACCUUAUUGGUUUGUUUUAACCUCCGAAAGCAUUUCUUGGUAUAAAGAUGAAGAUGAAAAGGAAAAGAAAUACAUGCUACCUUUGGAUGGCUUGAAAUUGCGGGAUAUUGAGCAAGGGUUUAUGUCACGGCGUGUAACAUUCGCUUUGUUCAGUCCCGAUGGACGAAAUGUUUAUAAGGAUUACAAACAACUUGAACUGUCAUGCGAAACUGUUGAGGAAGUGGAAUCCUGGAAAGCUUCCUUUUUGCGUGCUGGCGUGUAUCCAGAGAAGCAGGAGACUCAAGAAAAUGGUGAUGAGCAGGAAGGAAGAGAGAAAAAAUCGGCCAGCGAAGAAACUUCCACAGACCCUCAGCUGGAACGACAAGUUGAAACUAUACGUAAUCUAGUGGAUUCCUAUAUGAAAAUCGUCACAAAAACUACGCGUGAUAUGGUACCUAAAGCCAUAAUGAUGCUAAUCAUUAAUAAUACCAAGGAUUUUAUUAAUGGUGAAUUACUGGCACAUUUAUAUGCUUCAGGAGAUCAAGCACAAAUGAUGGAAGAAUCCGCAGAAGCAGCCAGUAGACGGGAAGAAAUGUUGCGUAUGUAUCGCGCUUGCCGCGAUGCUUUAAGAAUUAUUGGUGAUGUCUCCAUGGCUACCGUGUCAGCACCUUUGCCGCCGCCGGUAAAAAAUGAUUGGUUACCUAGUGGUUUAGAUAACCCACGUCUUUCGCCACCUAGCCCAGGUGGCCCCCGUAAACCAGCGCCUACAGCACAGGGCUCUGCUGGUGGGCGUGGUCCUCCACCACCACCUGCUUCUGGUCGGCCAGCGCCAGCGAUUCCAAAUCGCCCUGGCGGCGGAGCUCCACCAUUGCCUGGCGGUCGACCUGGCGGUGCUCUUCCACCCCCACUCUUACCUUCACGUCGUUAAAUUAUGUCUAACUUUUGAACAACUAAAUAUCAGCAACAAUUACAACGCUAACUAACAACAAUAAUACAAUUAAUAGUAAUAGAUAUUAAUGUUCAUUUUUAAAAUAUGUAUACAUAAACAAAAAGGCAAAUAAUACUACAUAAAAUAAUGCAACUUACCAAAUAUUCAUAAAGUGUUGCUUAAGAACGGGGAAAAAAACAAAAAAAGAAUAGAAUUGAGUUUUUAAUGAUCAACAACAAAAAAAAAAAAAAAAAAAAAAAAAAAAAAAAAAAAAAAAAAAAAAAAGAGAAAAUAAAACAAGAAUAUGUUAUUUAAUAGUUGUUAAUAGCAAAGAAAGUAAAUUGCUUACUUAAAAACAAAAAGAAAAAAACCAAAAAACAAAAAAAGAAAGUAAGAAAGAAAGAAAGAAAGAAAAAGAACCUGCUGCUGUUUAGAGGCAAAUUAUUUUUAUGAAAAUGUUUUGAGAAAAUGCUUACGUCGGACAAAAAACCUCUUUUUGAUUAGAGAUUUUGUUGAGAGAGGAGAAGAAAUACUAAUACAAAAGUACCUUAAUUUAAAUUGAGAUUUUCUUUUAAUUAAUAAAAACGCAAAAUGAAAAUGAAAAUUUAGUUUAAAUGUAUAUAAAAAUCUAUAUAAAAUUGUAUAAAUAAUGCACUAUAUAGAAAUAAGAUUUCGUUUCAAAUACAAUCCUCUUGUCAAAUUUUGCAACAAAACAAUUUGCUUGGUACGGGAUGAUCAUGAUUUUUACAUUUCCUUUUAAAAAUUUCGCAUGUUGUUGCUCUGGCAGUUUAUAGGUCGUGACCAUUGAGAGCGAGGCGAGAACACAUGUAUUUUGAAAGCACGGCUGCUGUUUGCAUUCUCUGAAAGCAAAAAUUUUCUUUUCUCGCCAGCUGAGGGCGUGCUGUGUAAAUCGGUACCUUUGUUCUCUCCUUUCAAUCACCCAUUAGGCAAUACAGCUAGCUACUCGAAGUCAGCUUUAGUAGCAUAGUCUGGUAAAUAUUUAUCAGAGCCACAAGUAAAAUUAUUGGUAGUAAAGAUAUUUAGAAAUUUUUCCUUUAAAGUUUGCGAUUUACUAAAUUUAGGCGCCUUUAGGCGAAUGGACCGCAUUCAUGUCUAUUACCAUGUUCUUUUAAAAUCGUAUGCUGAUAAAGGGCAUAUGUAUAUAUAUAUAUAUAUAUAUAAGCCAGAAAGUGUUCACGAACGUCUUUCUUCUCUCAUUUUGUCAAGUGGAAUAAUGGGUUAAGAAAUCAAUCCUUAUUUUUCCGAAAUUUUUCAAUCAAUCCUUUUCUCAUUAACAUGAUUGCCAUGAGAUGAUGUCUGCAAAAGCUAUUUUAUUCGUUUACGUCGUCCUGAACAUAUUUACAUCUCAAAUUUCUUCUUCUUUUUUUUUUUUUUUUUAAUUAAAAAAAUAAUUUUUUAGGUUUUUUUAUAAUUUUAAUAAAAAAAUAAAAUAUUUGCUUUUUUUUUCUUCUUCUUUUCUAUAUUUCGGGGUUGAUAGCGUUGGUUCUUGCCUAGUGCUCAUCUUACUUUUUAGUCCUAGAAUUUAUUAUAUUCCCGGAACGAGUCAACUUGACUGAGUUACGAAUUUUUUGCUAUAUACAGGAAAAGUAAUUUAUUUCCAUGUAUUGACGUUUAAUAAACAUAUGAAAUGUAUACUAAUACCAAUUCUAAACCUUGCGCAGACGUAACAGUCAAUGGGCAAUUGUGUUCUCAACUAAAGCCAGAUGCCGUUGUGCAUGAGUAGCCGAACUAGAUUACCAACUCUGUGUUUGCGGGUUCAAAUCUUAAUGCAGUAAAGCUUACUUUGAUCGUAGUUAUAAUGAGCGCUCAGUUGGUAAACGUAUAACACAUAUCGACUGCGGCCUGCGCUUUCCUAUGCUUUUCUCUUCCCGACCAGGGAAUAUCUCCCAAUUGAUUAGUCCAUAUCAAAAAAAUACAUCCGGAUAAACCGAACAAAUUUGGCAUCCGAUUUGGCAUCAAAACGACUGAAUGUCAAGUUCAAGUAUCAUGCGAAAGAAGUGAAAAGUCAAGUCGCCUCUGCUAAAUGCAAUAAAUCGGAACAUAUAUGUUACAACUGUUUUGAGUAAAGUUUCUUAAAAAAAAAAAAAAAUUUCAAAUCUUCAAUUUCGAUGUGUGAGUCAAUUUAUUAACUCAUUUCACGCAAAAUAGAUAUAUACUCAACGUCCGGCAAUCUAUUGUUAACUAACCUUUGCAUUCAAGCAAAAGCCAAUGUUUAAUUUCCAAGAAAAUUUUCAUUUCAAUUGAAAUUUUUGUCAAAAUUUAUUUCAAAACAUUUUUUUCUCUUAAAAAUUUGCAUACAUUUUUAAUAUGAUUGCUUGGCUGCUUGUGAGUGGAUGUAUGUCUAGGCAACUCGCCAUGAUCAAUUAUUUCAAGUUUAAUUUCUCAUUUUCUUAGAGAAAGAGUUCUUAAUAAUUUAUUCAUUUUUCUAUCAAAUUAUUGCUUAUUUUUGAGUUAAAUAUACUUAUACUCAAAAAACGCAGUUCGGAAACAAUUACUUUUUCUAGUUUACUACCAGUCGAAAUUUAUUUUUAAUAUAUUUUCUAUAUCCAUAACUUUUCGUUGCAUACUUUUAGUUGUCAAUUCUGUUUCUUCAUCUAUUAUAUCAUAUCAAAUAGUUUUUGGUAUCUAGCUGUGCGAAACAUUUGGCUUCAAUGGACUUUAUGAUGACAUUGGAAAAGGUUUUUAUUAAAAUUGACUCCAAAAAAAAAAAAAUUACAAUAAAUCGAAUACCAAUACAAAGAAAAAAUCAUCUAAAAAUACAUGUAAAUGUAUAAUAAGUAAAAUGUACAAUAUAAAUGACAAAGAGAGCGUGAGUGAAAGUAAGAGUGAUAAUGAUAGUUAGUGAUGUUGAUAUAGAAUGGUGGAGACAGCGCAGCCAUAUAAAAGUCUGUAAAGAUGAAAUGAUAAAAGGAAAAAUUUCGAUAGUACCAAGGUAAAGUUUUCUUUCAUUGCCUUAGUAAAAUAUUUUAUUUUAUACAGAAUGAUGUUACAUUUCCUUACAUUAUUUAUUUAUUUUACAUAAAUGCUUCACUUCGUGGAAUGCGCGAACGAAAUCAUUCAAAUUAAAUUUUUUUUUCUUCAAAGAAAAUAAAAAAAUGUUCAUAAUUGAAAAUCAAAUCUAGGACUUAAAUCUUGAUAUAUGGAAAUCAUGUAUUAAUGAAUGUAUAAACGACGUGAAAAUGCAGCAAUUUUGUUGUUUUUCGUUCUGUAGCACAUACAUCAUAGAUGCCAUAUAUAUACUAUAGAAUUGAUCAGCGGAGGAUUCUGUAGCGCAGUAAAUAACAUUUUGCACUUAUUGUACUUUCGAAGGUCGUCCGUAUAACAAUACUUGGGCGUGUGAUCGAUCCUUUGUAAAUAUAACCCAAUAAAAAUUCAGUUUGGAAUUGGUUCCUAAACGAUCAGAAUUGAUGCAAAUAAAUAUUACCACAAUUUUUAAAGAUAUAGAAGAUUCAAAGAUCCGAUAUAUACCCGAUUUGCUUGCUUGAUUUUUAACUUAAAUUGCGAAUGCCAAAUAUAGAAAGAAAAAAAAUCUUCUUUUGCUUUGAAAACUGAAAAGAAUAUUAAGUAAAUAUUAUACUUACUACCAUUUGCCGUCAACCGUUCGCGUUAUAGUAAAUCUACGACUGAUUAAAAGAUUAUUAUUAGAGAAUGAUAUUUAUUUGAUAUUAAUUUAAAGGGCGUUUAUAGUAUAGUUGGAAUUUUUUUUUUGUUGAAGAAAAUUUGAUUUCUUCGUUCACAUAUUAAUGAGUUUUUUCAAAUUUUUCACUGUCUGAGUAGUUUCAAGCGAUUAUUACUUAGGAUCAUAAGGAGAAAGAAAGUUAGUUUUUUGCUUCAUUUUUUUAUUUUUUUUUAUGAUAAAAUAUAUAUCACCAUCAAUUUAUGUAUCUCUUUAUUUUUUUUUUACUUUUUCUACAUCCUUCUUCUUUAUCAUUUUAACAUCAUUGUUAUAUGAUUUCAAUGUCCUUUAUUUUCAUUUGAAUUUUUGUAAAAAAAAAAAAA